UUUGCCACCGCAGGUGGGCAUAAUGAAGUCACUACGCUUUGCUUCUGCUGAGGCCUUGGUGUCCCACCCCCAGGUGGCCCUGCAGAGCCUGGACAGUGUAGCCCACAACCUCUACCCACUCCUCUUCAAAGCCAGCUACUUGCUGGAGCGGGUGGAGGUAAUCCGAGUUCUGCUGGAGUGUUGGCCACUGGAGGAGUUCCGGCUGGGUGCCCUGCUGGGGCCCAGUGCAGACCACGCAGGCGACCUUCGAGACCGGGCCUGCAGGGCCUGCCUGGAGGCCUGUGUGAGGGGCCUGGCGGACCACGUGCUCCGGGGCAGGGGACAGCAGCGGCUGCAGUUGGCUGACCUCACAGGAGUCCGAGAUGUGCAAGUGCAACAGUGCCCCUGUGGGAGGGCACUGGGCCGGUGGGGCCGCACUGAGCUGCUGGCCCGGACCUGCAACGAGCUACAGGUGGGCCCCGGCACAGCCCAGCGCUCCAUCAAGGUCCUGGCUGAUCUCUUCGUCACUGAGGGAAACUUCCAAGUGGUGAUGCAGGCCCUGGGGCCAGUGGGCCCCGCUCCACUGCGCCUGCGCUGCCUCUCCUUCCGGGCAGACAGCCUGGACCCCAGCCAGCUCCUGCAGGUGCUGUGUCUGGCCGGGCCGGGCGAGCUGCGCAGGCUACAGGUGGUGCACAACGUGCGGCUGCAUGCGGGCCUCGUGCAGCAGCUGCUGGCCCAGCUGCGCUUCCCCCAGCUGUCUUCGCUCACCCUGCCUGCCAAGGCCUUUGACACACCCCCUGCCUGUGCCCCAGCCACAGAAGGUGAGGACCCCCUCCUCACUGCCAUUGCCUGGGAGCUCAGCCAGAUGACCCAGCUCACUGAGCUGAGCGUGGCUUUCUCCACACUGACCGGGAAGAUCCAGAAACUGCUCAGCCCCUUAAGAACCCCGCUGAGAGCACUGGACCUGGCCAACUGCUGCCUGAACCACGCGGACAUGGCAUUCUUGGCAGACUGCACCCAUGCCACCCACCUGGAGGUGCUGGACCUCAGUGGGCACAGCCUGGUCCACCUUUUCCCUUCGACCUUCUUCAGGCUGCUGGGCCGGGCUGCCCAGACGCUGAGGGUCCUCACCCUGGAGGAGUGCAGCAUCGAGGACGGCCACCUGAGCACACUGAUCCUGGCCCUGAGCCCCUGCCACCAGCUCCAGGAGCUCCGCUUCCUGGGGAACCCGCUGUCGGCCUCUGCCCUGAGACGCCUCUUCCUGGCUCUCUGUGAGCUCCCCAAGCUGCGGUGGGUGGAGUUCCCGGUGCCCAAGGACUGCUACCCUGAGGGUGCCACCUAUCCUCAGGAUGAGCUGGCCAUGUCCAAGUUCGACCAGCAGAAGUAUGACAUGAUUGCCGAGGACCUGCGUGGGGUGCUGUUGAGGGCUGGCCGGGACGACAUCCAGGUCUCCACACCAGUCUUUGGAAGUUUUGACCCAGAUAUUCAAGAAACAAGCAAUGAACUUGGAACUUUCUUGCUUCAAGCUUUCAAAACUGCCCUUGAAAACUUUUCCAGGGCUCUGAAACAAAUGGAGUAGGUAGCCCUGCAACAGGCCACAGAGGGUCUC